AUGCCAGAGAAGCUCCAGGUGAUAAUUGUUGGUGCUGGCUUGGGCGGCUUAGGCGCUGCCAUCUCGAUCCUCCUGGCCGGCCACAGCGUCACCGUCCUGGAGGCAGCCCAUGAGCUAGGUGAGAUUGGAGCUGGCAUCCAAAUCCUGCCCAAUGCCUCACGCCUUCUCCGUCACUGGGGCCUCGAAGAGGUCUGCUCCAAGUAUGCCUCAGCGCCCCGGAGGUGCAACAUGAUCAGUUGGAAAGGGGAGCACAUCACCUUUCUGGACUUCAUCGAGUCGGCGAAGCGAUACGGAUCCCCCUUCUGGGACUUCCAUCGAGCAGAUCUGCACAACUGUCUCUACAACCGGGCCGUGGAACUGGGUGCAAAGGUCUAUACCAACAGCCGAGUUGUCGACGUCGAGUACCACGCCAGCCCUGCGCAGGCCACUGUUAUCCUGGCUAACGGAAGUCGUUACACGGCGGACCUGGUGGUUGGGGCCGACGGCAUUGCCAGUCGCACUCGCGAAUGCUUUCUCAAGCGAGUUGAUCCUCCCACGCCGACGGGCGAUCUGGCUUAUCGAGUGCUUCUUGACCUGCGAAAGAUCCAGCUGGAUGAAGAUGUGCGGAAGAUGCUGGAAAACACGGAAGUGAACUACUGGAUGGGACCUGGCGCCCAUGCUGUUUGCUAUCUCUUGAGGAAUCGCACAUACUUGAACAUACAGAAGUGGAAGCUCUGCAUCCGCCACGAACUCCCACGAUGGAACCAUCCUUCAGGCACUUUCACCAUGCUAGGUGAUGCGGUGCAUGCGACACUGCCAUAUCUUGCUUCUGGUGCCGGAAUGUCGCUCGAAGACGGAGCAGUACUGGGUGAAUGUCUGGCGCGGAUUCACAAGAAGUCAGAUCUUAAAUUCGCCCUCACCGUGUACGAAGCAUGCCGCAAGAAGCGAACAUCCCGGAUUGUCGAACGGGGAAAUCUACAACAGUAUCUCUACCAUCUCCCCGACGGCCCCGAGCAGGAAGAACGGGAUCGAAUCAUGCGCAUGAAUCCCACGCCACCUGGAGAUCCUCUGGUCUGGCGAGACCCGGAGCUGAGUCCGUGGUUGCUGGGUUAUAAUCACCUGGCAGAUGUGGAUGUACAUUGGUCUGAGGAGCAAAAGGUUGCUGAACAGAGCCACCUUUGA